UUAACAUACUAUAGUAUACAGUACUGCCGUUUAGUAUAGUAGUAUUUGUAGUAUACUGUAUUCUAUAAUAUGUUAUAAUCAUACAAUAGUAUGCUAUUUUACCAUAAAUGAAUUGCUAUAGUGUCUUGUAGCAUUUAAUAGUAUUACUACAGUAAGGUUAAAAAACUUUAGCAUAUAUACACACACACACACACACUAUAGUAAUACUACUAGUAUUUUUAAUAAUAGUAUUUUUCUUGUGGGUAAGUAUUGGUUAAUUCUAAUAAAUAAAUGUGUACAGUAGGUUUACUAAAUGUUUACUGUAUUUUGUAUUCUAAUACAUUUUAUCUAGUGUACAAUACGUGUAAAGUAGCCUACCGUUUCAUACAUUUUGAAGGCUGCGUCCCCCAGAGGUCACAUUUUCGGCUGCAUACGUCAUCAAGGUCUUAAUUUAGAAAACAACCGUUACAUUUUACUAAUUACGCCUCAGGAGGAAUAUAUAUUAAUUUUAUAAUGUCUUUCGUGAAAUGGGACAACCUCGAUGACGUAAGCGGACAAAUGAGAAUAUUAAAGCAGGUCAGUGUGGUGAUGAUGAUGAUGGAAUACACGAAUAACAUUUUGGCUGUGGUGACCUUGCUACACUUUUGUCACCUUUUUCAACAGGCUACUGACCCAAAAGUGUUGCGUUUUAAACAAGCUUCUCAGACUCUAGUCACCCAUGCUGUCUAGGCGGUCGUUUUCGCAGUAUCGCGUGCUCGGUACUCUUUUGACUGUACACUACAACUGUACACAAACACGCGCUGCCUCACGCGUCUGCUGUCUUUGAGAGGAGGGACCGUUUCUGGUUUAGUCAUACUGUAAAGCGCUAAAUAAGCAGAUGUUUCCUAUGGCUGGCGUCAGAUACGACCGUAUCUUUUAACAGGACUUUGAAGGAUGGCAGCAAAGGAAGAUCUUUACGGUAAGAUUAUUCCGCGCAGAAUUCGACAGAGCAAUUGCGUCCCUGUCAAACACUAUGGAUCUCACCUGGAUGUGCUUCUGUCGAUGGGAUUUCCUCGGCACAGAGCAUUGAAAGCCCUGGCAUCAACUGGAGGCAGAAGUGUUCAGCUUGCAUGUGACUGGCUUUUCUCCCAUUUGGAUGACCCUUUUCUGGAUGACCCUUUACCUCGAGAGUAUGUGCUAUAUCUGCGUCCCAGUGGGCCUUUACAAAACCAACUUUCCCAUUUCUGGCAGCAGUCUCGCUUGACCUGUGGCAAGAACAAAGCUCACAACAUCUUUCCACACAUCACACUCUGCCAGUUCUUUAUGUGCCCAGACAAUAAAGUUGAGGCUCUGCGUGAAGCCCUACAGUCCACAGUGAAACAGUGGAGGGGGAGAUUUCCCAGCUCUCUGCCACUGGAGCUUUACACCUCCGCUAACUUCAUCGGCCUGUUCGUGGAGGAGCAGGUGGCUGAAACUCUGAGGAAGUUUGCGACUGACUUUGCGGUGGAGGCUGCCACUAAAGCUGAUGUUCAUGUGGAACCUCAUAAAAAGCAACUUCAUUUGACUCUAGCUUAUUACUUUCCAACCAAUCAUUUUUCUUCCUUGGAAAAGUUGGCUAAAGGGAUCGAGGUCAAGCUGGGCUGUGAUUGGCUCGCUACUCUCUUCUCACGGGACAUGCGCUUUGUGAAUCAUGAGACUUUGCGAGUGAUGUACCCCUACAUGCCUCAGAAUGAGGAUGAGCUGGAGCUGGUGCCAGGAGAUUUUAUUUUCUCAUCUACAGUGGAGCAACUGAGCACUAGUGAGGGCUGGGUCUAUGGUACAUCUCUGGGUACAGGCGUCUCUGGACUGCUGCCCGAAAACUAUGUCAGCCCUGCUGAUGAAUGCGACACGUGGGUCUUCCAUGGGUCACACUCAUUCUUUUGCACUUCUCCAUCGGAAAAGGGUGGCAAAGAGAGCAAAUCAUUGGAUGGGCUGCUUGGCCUUCGUUGCUUGGAUAACUCAAAGCUGAGCGAUUCUGCCAUCUUCAGUGUUAUUUGCCAACCAAUGCAGGUGCAGCGAUCCAACCUUCAGUCUCGCCCGCCUAAAAGGACCCUGUUCGUAUGUAGGCAUGGAGAGCGAAUGGAUGUUGUGUUUGGCAAACACUGGCUCUCACAAUGUUCUGACUCUAAAGGCAGGUAUAUGAGAAAUAACCUGAAUAUGCCUGCUGUGCUACCUGCCCGGGGUGCAGAGCACAGGUUAUAUGAAAUGGAUACUCCUAUUACAGUGGUUGGAUUGACACAGGCCAGGAUAGUGGGUGAGGCUAUACUAGAAAGUAACACCACUAUUGAUUUUGUAUACUGCUCACCCAGCCUCCGCUGUGUCCAGACGGCUCAUGAAAUCCUCAGAGGAUUGCAGCAAGAUGGCAGAAUAAGUAUUCGGGUGGAGCCUGGGCUUUUUGAGUGGACUAAAUGGGUCUCAGGGACAUCUUUACCUGCUUGGAUUUCCCCCACAGACCUUGCUGCAGCCAAACUAAAUGUAGACACAACGUACAGACCUCAUAUCCCCAUCAGCAAACUAACCGUCUCAGAGACAUACGAGACGUAUAUUAGUCGGAGCUACCAGGUGACCAAAGACAUUUUGGCUUACUGCAAAAAUAAGGGAAACAACAUUCUGUUUGUUGGACACGCUUCUUCGUUGGAAGCCUGUACCCGCAAGAUUCAAGGCCUUACACCCAAAAAUCCUAAAGAUUUUGUGCAAGCUGUACGAAAGAUUCCAUACUUAGGUCUCUGUGCCUGUGAGGAACAGGGGGAUACAGGAAUAUGGCAGCUUGUGGACCCCCCAAUUCUGCCACUUACUCAUGGGCCCAAUCACAGCUUCAGCUGGAGAGAGACCCUACAGCAAGAAUGACCUCAUCUUUAUAGUCUUUCCUCAAGGGACACGAGGAGAGAUACUGCAAUGAUACCUAAACUGGAAGCACAAAACUGAGCGUUUUUAAUAUAUAUGAUAUUUGUCACGUUUAUGUUUAAAUUAUGCAAAUGAGAUGUUGAUAUGAAAUCUGUCGAGUUUUGUGUUGCACAGAAGACCGCACUGAUGAAUGAAAAUAUGCGGUAGUGUGCUUUUAAACAGGCUUUCUCGGGCCAUUGGCAUAGUGAUAAAUAAUACAAUAAAAUAAUGCAGCAGUUAUUGUAAACAUCA